GACUCAGCUGAAAGCGCAGAAGAAGAAGAAGAAGAAGAAGAAGAAGAAGAAAGAACUUCCGGAGGUCAGAGGUAAUCUUCGUAUUUGAAAACAUGGACCCCAACAAAGUGGAUGAAGCAUCGGGCAAUUCGGGUGACGAUGGAGAAAUGGCAUCGGUCAUGGGAUUCUCCGGGUUUGGUAAGAAGGCCCGCACAUUUGACCUAGAUGCCAUUUUUGAACACACCCGCCGAACCGCCAUUGAGAGGAGGCAGCGUGUAUUAGAGGAGCGGAAGAAGGAUGAUCAGAUGCAGGAGGAAGGGGAAAGCUCCAAAGCAGUCAAACCAUCAGUCCUCGCUCCGAGAGAUAACGCUGCAGCUGCUACUUCCAGGAAACAGGAGAGUGGGAGCAGUAGUGACAGUGGUUCGGACUCGGACUCGGACUCGGAGCUUAUUGGUCCUCCACUGCCUCCCCAAUAUACAGCCCAGGACGACGACGGUGACCUUGUGCGACCUCCUCGUCCAUCAGGCAGCACCGCUCACAGUGAUGAUGAUGAUGAUGAUGAGGAGGAGGAGGAACAAGACGACGACGAUGACAAUCCAGUGAAGAAAAUUCCAGACACUCAUGAGAUCACUCUGCAGCACGGCACCAGGACGGUAUCAGCUCUGGCCUUGGACCCCUCUGGAGCCCGUCUGGUGACUGGCGGGUAUGACUAUGAUGUGCGCUUCUGGGAUUUUGCCGGGAUGGACCAGGCUCUGCAGGCCUUCCGAUCCCUCCAGCCCUGCGAGUGCCACCAGAUCACAUCCCUGCAGUACAGCAACACUGGUGAUGUCAUCCUGGUGGUUUCUGGCAAUGCACAGGCCAAGGUGUUGGACCGUGAUGGUUUCAAUGUCAUGGAGUGUGUGAAGGGAGACCAGUACAUUGUGGAUAUGGCCAAAACUAAGGGCCACACUGCUAUGCUGAACAGUGGCUGUUGGCAUCCCAAGAUUAAAGAAGAGUUCAUGACUUGCUCCAACGAUGGCACUGUGCGCACAUGGGACCUGAGCUCGGAGAAGAAGCACAAGUCUGUGUUCAAACCGCGUUCCUUCCAGGGGAAGAAGGUCGUCCCCACAUGCUGCACCUACAGCCGUGAUGGGAAGCUCAUUGCAGCAGGCUGCCAGGAUGGCACCAUCCAGAUCUGGGACAGAAACCUCAGCGUCCAUACGAAGUUUCACUGUCGGCAAGCACACAUUCCAGGAUCAGACACCUCCUCCAUCUGCUUUUCCUACGAUGGCGUGACUCUGGCUUCACGGGGAGGUGAUGACACUAUGAAGUUGUGGGAUAUACGUAACUUCAAGAAGCCCGUGAAUGUAGCUACUGGACUGCCCAACAACUUUACAAUGACCGACUGCUGUUUUAGCCCUGACGAUAAGCUUCUUGUAACGGGGACCUCUAUGAAGAAAGACCAGGGAAAUGGGAAAUUGGUUUUCUUUGACCGAGCUUCCUUUCAGAGGGUCUAUGAAAUAGAAGUCACCAACGCAAGCGUUGUCCGCUGCCUGUGGCACCCAAAGCUUAACCAGAUAAUGGUGGGAACCGGGAAUGGACUGGCCAAGGUCUACUAUGACCCGGUUAAGAGCCACAGGGGGGCUAAGCUGUGCGUCGUGAAGAACCAGCGGAAAGAGAGACAAGCAGAGACCCUAACACAAGAUUACAUCAUCACACCUCAUGCCUUACCCAUGUUCAGAGAGGCCCGGCAGCGGAGUACACGGAAACAGCUGGAGAAGGACCGCCUUGACCCGAAGAAGUCCCACAAACCUGAGCCUCCCGUGUCCGGACCAGGUCGUGGAGGAAGAGUAGCAGCUCAUGGUGGAACUCUGUCCUCCUUCAUCGUGAAGAACAUUGCUUUAGAUAAAACCGACGACAGCAACCCGCGACAGGCGAUCCUACGUCACGCCAAGGAAGCUUCAGAUAACCCUUACUGGGUCGCUCCGGCUUACACACAUACCCAGCCAGAGCCAUUGUUUGCAGAGGAUUCAGAGGAGGACGAGGAAGCUGAGAAGGAACCCGAGUGGAAGAAACGCAAGAUCUGAGGCGCCUCGACGGCAGCUCAUAUUAUAUAGGAUAAGCAGACAGGGUGGGCUAGUGUUUGUAUAUAUUUCACAGUAACCACGAGGUCUCGAGAUCAAUCCCAGAACACCGAGUUACUGUCAGAAACGUGCAUUAGAGCAUCAGUUAAAUUACCAAAUUGUUACGUCUCUGUCCUCCCUCGUAAUGUUUGCAUACAUGUAUUUAUGUGCGUCCUUCUGUGUUAAGGGGUAGCGCAUAAAUGUUCAGGCAUUUUUACUGCGCAAGCAUACUAUAGUUUUAUACACUUUUAUGUUUCCCCCUCAUUGCAAUUCAUCAACUUUGGGAAGAACUUGGCUUUUUAUGUCUGUUUUGAUUAUAAGGACUUAAUUUUCAUCAUUUCUAUCGUCCGAUCCUCCCACAGCUCCAGAGUUUGCUAAUGCCUCAUAAAUUGUCUCCAGAUUGUUGUGGUCUGGUUGUGUUCAUCAACUAUGAAGCACAGUUUAUUAGUUUGUAAAAAGUAAAUUGCAAAGAAGUACCGGUACACAAACUUCCAGCCAAUUCUCCUCUCUUUUUUCUUUUUUUAAUAAAUAAGGGUUUGCAGUUUU